UUUAUGUUUACAUUCAAACUUGAUCAGCCCAAAAGCCCGAAAGUGCUUCAGAAAAAUCGAAUACGUUUCUGCGCGCAAGUAUGGCUGAUGAAGAGUACGAACGGUUCGAGAUCACCGACUACGAUCUGGAUAAUGAGUUCAACCCGAAUCGACGGAACCGGCGUCCAACGAAGCAGCAGCAGAUAUACGGUAUCUGGGCGGACGAUGAUUCCGAAAAUGAGCAUGAUGACGGAGAAGCGGGACCGUCGUCCCGUAGGGGACGUGGUCGGGCUGGCAAAACAGCUAAGGACUAUUCCGCCCCUAUUGGAUUUGUCGCCGGGGGUAUUCAGCAGGCUGGCAAGAAGAAAGAGGAGAAACACGAAAGUGACGAAGAGGAUGAUGAUGACGAAGCCGAUGAGAGACCUCGCCUUGGUGGAGCUGCGAGUGGCACAAGCUCGGAAUCUGAAUCGGAAGCGCAGGCGAAAGCAAAUGAUUUUCGGUCUAUGGCGGGUUUUAGGAAAUUUACUGCUCAGACCGCGCAACUGGGGAAGGGUGUCGGCAAUUGGGAGCAGCACACGAAGGGUAUUGGCGCGAAGCUACUGUUGCAGAUGGGCUAUCAGCCGGGGAAAGGUCUCGGCAAGAAUCUGCAAGGUAUCGCUGCGCCUGUAGAGGCACAUCUGCGAAAAGGUCGCGGGGCUAUUGGAGCUUAUGGUCCGGAGAAGAAGAGAGUUGUUUUAGACCAGAAGCAGAAACAGCUGAAGGAAGAUGCCAUUGAGAUACAGGAUAAAGACGCAGGACAACAGUGGCGCAAAGAUAAGCAUAAAGGGCGUUAUUUUUACAAGAGUGUCGAGGAUGUUAUCGAGAAGGGGAAGCGAUCUUAUGCCCCAUUUGAUAAGAAUUCGAAGUUAAGUCAGGUGAAAGUUAUUGACAUGACUGGUCCUGAGAGCAGGGUUCUGAGCGGAUAUCAUGCCUUAGGUCAGGCUAAAAUAGCAGAUGAAGACCUGUUCGAAUCGAAACCAACAAAGGAAACAUCUAACUUCGCUCUGCCUGAGCUGAUGCAUAACCUCAAUCUUAUGGUAGAGUUUUGCGAACAGGAUAUCAUUUCCAUUGACAAGCAAAAAUGUGCGGCUAAGGAUCGCGAAGAGCAGCUUGAGAUUGAAAAGGACAAUUUGAUUCGCAUCACACAGUUGGAGAAAGAUUAUAUAGAAACAUUGGAAGGAGCCUUGGAAUUAGUUAGGGCUCUCGUGGAACCGGAAGAUGGUUCAGUUUCGCUCGAAGAGUGCGAAAAGAUUUUCGUACGAAUGCAAACCGACUUUCCUUCGGAGUAUAAGGAAUUCGGAUUGGAUGAUCUUGCUCCCGGUGUAGUUGCCCCGUUAAUCGCAGCCCGCUUGAAAGAGUGGAAUCCAUUCAUCGAUCCAACGCGGCAUCUUGAUUUGUUUAAGCGCUGGCGUUCGAUAUUGGGUUCUUCCGACACUGAGAAACGCAAUCUUUUGGAUCCAUAUUGUGGACUGGUAUGGUCCGGGGUAAUUCCCAGCAUUCGUUCCGCAGCGUCGGCGUGGGAUCCAAGAAUCCAUCAGCCUAUGAUCGCGUUGCUGGAUGCCUGGGCCCCUCUACUUCCAUCGUGGAUACUCGAUAACGUUCUGGAGCAAAUCGUUAUGAGCAAAUUAAACGCUGCCGUCACCGAAUGGGAUCCGUUGACUGAUACUAUUCCAAUUCAUGUGUGGAUUCAACCAUGGGCUGGUAUUUUGGGCUCAAAAAUGGAACAGAAUAUUUAUCCAACCAUUCGCGAGAAACUCAGUAAAGCGCUCAAGGCAUGGAAUCCGGAAGAUAGAUCGGCUCGGGCAAUGAUAACGCCCUGGAAGGGCGUAAUGGCCGAAGAAGAUCUGCAGGUAUUCCUGACGAAGAAUAUAAUUCCCAAGCUGGAGCUUCGUCUAACAGAGCUUGUGAUCAACCCGUUGCAGCAGGAUUUGGAGAUUUUCAACCAAGUCUGGGAGUGGAACGAAAUAAUUUCCAGUAUUCAAAUGGCCAACAUACUGGACAAGUACUUCUUCCCGAAGUGGAUCCAAACAUUGGUUAUAUGGUUGAACCAAUCUCCCAACUUUGAUCAGGUCACCCGUUGGUACCAGGGAUGGAAAUCACAGUUCACCGAUGAUAUAAUCCGCCAAACGAACAUCAAAGAAAACUUCCGCAAAGCGUUGGAAUUGAUGCAGCGAUCGAUUGGAAUCACAACGGGCGCGUCGACAUCCGGACCCACCGAACCGAUGGAUACAACGCCCUCCGCACCGAAGCCUCCCUCCCUGAUGGAUGUUCACGUGGACGCGCCGCCAUCGUUGGAAUUCAAAGAGCUGGUGUCCCAGAAGUGUGCCGAAAGGGGAAUUAUUUUUGCUCCGAUGCCCGGCCGGAGGGAGAUGGGAAAACAAGUGUAUCGCGUCGGAAAAUUAUUCUGUUAUAUUGAUCGGUCGGUUUGUAUCGUUAGCUUGGAUGGCGGUGUGAAUUGGACGCCCAUUUCGCUGUCUGCGUUGAUGGAACGAGCUGUGAGCGGUUGAGCAAUAAGUUAUAAAUUGUUACCUUCUCACUAAUCAAAUAAAUUAUGAGAGCUUGAGGUUUUUAUGUCUUUAUUAGUUGGAAGGUAAAACUAGAAUAAACACAAAUCUAAAA